GCCCUGCAGCUGUGUGUGUGGGGGUCCAGAGGGUCCACACACACUUCUCUGGACUCAGCUCCAGCGGCAGGCGUCCAUCAUGAGAGCGUCGUGGCUCGCUGUUCUCCUGCUUCCUGUGCUGACGCUGGCGCCGGCGGCAGAAGGGGGCGACCCGCCGGUGGUCACGGUGAAGAAUGGACGGGUCAGAGGGGAGUAUGUGACGGUCAAAGGUACGCAGACCCGGGCCAAGCGGUUCCUGGGAAUCCCCUUCGCUCGAGCCCCGCUGGGGCGGCUGCGACUGGCUGCUCCACAGGAGCCAGAGAACUGGGAGGGGGAGCGGGACGGCACGCGGCAGCCCCCCAUGUGCAUCCAGGAUCCAGCCAUGUUGGGGAACAUCUCCCAGGUCAUGGCCGUGCAGUUCCGCCCCCCCGAGACGUCCGAGGACUGCCUGUACCUCAGCGUGUACGCCCGGGCCGAUGCGGCCAGCGGCGCCCGGCUGCCGGUCCUGGUCUGGAUCCACGGGGGAGGUCUGGUGAUAGGUGCCGCGUCCCAGUACGACGGCGCUCCUCUGGCCGCGUAUGAGAACCUGCUGGUGGUGGUGAUCCAGUACCGGCUGGGGAUUCUGGGCUUCCUCAGCACCGGGGACCAACACGCCCGGGGCAACUAUGGCUUCCUGGACCAGCUGGCGGCGCUGAGGUGGGUCCAGGAGAACAUCCAGGUCUUUGGUGGAGACCCGGAGAAGGUGACGGUGUCUGGGGAGUCUGCGGGAGGAAUCAGCGCCUCCAUGCUGACCCUCUCUCCUCUGGCGUCCGGGCUCUUCCACCGGGCCAUCUUCCAGAGUGGCGUGGCCAUGCUGGGAGCCUACGCCACCGCGCAGCCGCUCGCUCACGCCAAGGUGGUGGCCAACCUGACGGGCUGCGACAGCAGCAGCACGCAGGAGCUGGUCAGCUGCGUCAGGGGGCGGAGCCAGGCCGAGCUGAUCGACGCCACCAAGAGAAUGAGGAUCUACCUGGGAGCUGCCGUGGACGGCGAGUUCCUGACCGACACGCCGGAGGAACUGCUGAAGAAGAAAGAGGUCCUGAAGGUCCCUGUGAUGAUGGGCAUCACCAACCACGAGUUUGGAUGGAUCCUGCCUCAGAGCUUCGCCCCCCCUGGCUGGGUGGAGGGGAUGACCAGGGAGUCGGUGCUCGCCGUCAUGGACCUCUUCAACCCUGCCGGGGCCUCGGCUGCGAACCAGCUGAUCGCUGACCACUACCUGAAGGAGGCCAAGACUCCGCAGCAGAUCCGGGACAGCUUCACCGAGGUCAUGGGUGACCUGCUGAUGACCUUCCCCGUGGUCAAGGUGGCGGGAUACCACUCAGACGCCAGUGUCGACGUCUUCCUGUACGAGUUUGUGCACCGGGCCGAGCUGCACAAGGGCGUCAGGCCAGACUUUGUGAGGGCGGAUCACGCGGACGAGGUUGGCUUCAUGUUCGGGGGAUGUUUCUGGAACGGACAUGUGCAGCUCAUCGGCAACGUCACUGCCGAGGACCAGAAGCUGUGCAGGGCCAUGAUGAAGUACUGGGCCAACUUCGCCCGCACUGGCUCCCCCAACGGGCCGGACCUGGUGACCUGGCCUCGGUUCGAGCGGGAGGAGCAGGCCUACCUGGAACUGGGGCCGACGCAGGCCGCGAGGCAGCACCUGAGACGGGAGCGGGUCCACUUCGUCACCGUCACGCUGCCACAGAAGCUGGCGGCGGCCCGCUCCUCGGACUGAGCUUGGUGCUGGCUCUUCUGUGGACGGCUCCGGAAGCGGACUGAGCAGCAGUCCACCACCACCACCGUGCUGCAGAACCAGAACACCACUCAUGUGGGUUCAUGUGACUUGAGCUUCCACGCAUCUGUCUGAGGUCAAUAAAGCAGACCUGCGCUUCGCAUCGCCAUAAA